UAUCUCUCGCGACCUCCGCCGGACGCGCACGCUCGCACGCCGCUCCGUGCCGCUCCCUCGCGCUCGCGCUAUGCCGCCCUACCGAAAACAAUCGCGUGUAUUUCAUUAUUUAGUUCAUGAUUGUUUACUUACUGUGCGACGCGGCCCGGAAAUGCGCCUGUGAGUUAAAAAGUGCUACAGUACUAGACUGUAUAAAGAACAAUAAAACGUGCUUAGUUUAUCUAAGAAAAUAAACUAUUAUCGGUUCAACUGACACGAUGGUGUCAGAAGGACCUUUACCAGUGGUGUGGUGUAUGCGCGAUAAUCAGUUAGUGCCGCACCAAGUUUCGGGUGUGAAGUUACAAGGAGCCGUCACUGGCGCACACAUCGCGGCCGUCACGGACUUUUUACGUUUGGUCGCUGGAACGCCGAUCAUUCUGCCGCACACUUCGCUGCCUGAGGACGUCGAUAAUGAUAUUAAUCAAGAAAAAGAAAGUUCCACUCGGCGCCGCAAGAUGUCAAUGCAAGUUGAAGUGCCAUGUGUGUUUUUAACCGAAAGUGCUCUUCAAAAAGCUAAAAGUCGCCAUAAUUCCUUGGAAGAAAAGGUAACAAUGUUUGACAAAACAGACAUUUCUGCUUCUACAGCAAGAUUUUUAGACAGUAGGGGCUCAUUUAUGAGUUCCGAUAAUAAUAUAUUUGAAAUUACUAGUGAGUGCAAUGAAAACUCCCAAUCGAAUAAUUCUCAAGAUUCCGAAAAUAGCAUCAAAUCUUCGAGAGAAUCCAUCGAUUUGAGCUGUGAAACAUCGCCUCAGAGAAUAACUAGAAUAAUAGAUUUAGACGAUUUUCAAAUAAAAGAAUCGGACGAAUUUGAAAAUGAUAGUCCGCUAAAAUUAAGUAGAAUUAUGGAAUUAAACAGUGAUAUCACAACUUCUCAACCUUCUGGAGAUAAAGAAGUUACACAAAGAAUAACCAGAAUUAUAGAAAUAGAUGAUGAAAAUUCAAUUUCAACAAUAACAAGUAGUGUCGACACUGACAAAGACAAUUGUUCUCAUAGGAUUACUAGAAUUAUAGAUUUAGAAAAGCAGAACUCCUUUCCAAGUAUGACAAGGAUAAUCGAAAUGGAGAACGAAAUUUCUAACGAGCGAAGAAUUUCAUUAACGAACGAACGAGAAACCGGUGGUGGUGUGGUAGAAAUCAACUCGGAAGACAUUAUUGUAAGAAGCAAACCCUUACAUAGAAACGCACCUAGGUUUAGUCUAGAUUCUUCGUGCUCCGAAAACUCUUAUGUUAACAUUGAAUGUAUCAAGAGUUUGCAGGAUGUUAAGAAAGAGGACAGUCUGGAAGAUUGCUUGAGUCCCGAAUUAUCACCAUCAUUUAGGCCCCUUCGUUCGCGAUUUCCAAGGAAAAAGACCUCUGUCUGUUCGAUUGGCUCUUCGGACUGUGAUGAUGAGGUGGACGUUAUAUUCAAAUCGAAGCCCAAAUCUAGUCAAUGGGUGAGCCUCGAUUGGAUUCCGCCUAAAGAAGAGCCAGUUAUAUCGCAAGCUGUAUGUGAUAAAAACGACUUUAUAUCUAAAUGGAUUGCGGAACAGAAUUCUCGGGAAUCUGGCAUAGUGGCCGACGAACGCAGAAGAAGUCUUCCUCCAAAGGCCAAUGAACUUUACCUUCAAAGUAUGCGAAGAUUUAGCGAUGGGCUUCAGAUGUGUAAAGAAGACGCGGCCAGUGAUUGUCCUGCUACAGUCAAAUCUAAAUGGCACGAUAUUGUCAAGCGACACCUACAAUUGCUGAAAAAUGACAAAGGGUUCCGGCGCCAACGCGGCAGCUGGAUGAGGACUGCGAGACGUCUCUCAGGAUCAGUCGUACACAAUAACAAUAGGAGCAUCGAUGCGUCACUCGAAUUGGAUGUGAAGCUGAACUCUAUGCCAUGGUACUUCCGAAAAAUAAAACGGAUUGAAGCUGAAAAGAAGCUGCUUCUGCCAGAGAACGAACAUGGCGCCUUCCUCAUCCGGGACUCGGAGAGCCGCCACAACGACUUCUCACUAUCAGUGCGCGACGGCGACACGGUGAAGCACUACCGCAUCAGGCAGCUGGACGAGGGCGGGUUCUUCAUCGCGCGGCGCACCACCUUCCGCACUCUCCAGGAGCUGGUGGAGCACUACAGCCAGGACGCCGACGGGCUCUGCGUGUCGCUCAACAAGGCCUGCGUUCAGGUGGAGAAGCCGGUGACGGAGGGGCUGUCGCACCGCACGCGCGACCAGUGGGAGAUCGACCGCUCGUCGCUCAAGUUCGUGCGCAAGCUCGGCCACGGCCAGUUCGGCGAGGUGUGGGAGGGGCUGUGGAACAACACCACGCCCGUCGCCAUCAAGACGCUCAAGUCCGGCACCAUGGACCCCAAGGACUUCCUCGCCGAAGCGCAGAUCAUGAAGAAGCUGCGACACAGCAAGCUCAUCCAGCUGUACGCCGUGUGCACGCUCGAGGAGCCCAUCUACAUCAUCACCGAGCUCAUGAAGAACGGCUCGCUGCUCGACUACCUGCAAGCAACAAUGGUGGACCCCAUCAGAAUACUUAAAUGGCAGGAGUAUCGAUCGGCAGGGUCAGAGGCGACAGUUAAAGAAUUCUUGAAGCUUUAUCCUCAUAAAGAGUCAGGCAAGGGGCGCGGGCUGAAGCUGCAGCAGCUGAUCGACAUGGCGGCGCAGAUCGCAGCCGGCAUGGCCUACCUCGAGUCGCAGAACUACAUCCACCGCGACCUCGCCGCCAGGAACGUGCUCGUGGCUGAGUCCAAUGUUGUGAAGAUCGCUGACUUCGGCCUGGCUAGACUUAUUAAGGAGGACGAGUAUGAGGCCCGCGUGGGGGCGCGCUUCCCCAUCAAGUGGACGGCGCCCGAGGCCGCCAACUACAGCAAGUUCUCCAUCAAGUCCGACGUCUGGUCCUUCGGCAUCCUGCUCACCGAGCUCGUCACCUACGGACGAAUACCUUAUCCAGGCAUGACGAACGCAGAAGUGCUGCACCAAGUAGAGCACGGGUACCGCAUGCCGUGCCCGCCGAGCUGCCCCGCCGCGCUGUACGAGAUCAUGCUGGAGUGCUGGCACAAGGACCCGCUCAAGCGGCCCACCUUCGAGACGCUGCAGUGGAAGCUCGAGGACUUCUUCACCAUGGACAACUCCGAGUACAAGGAGGCGUCCGCCUACUGAGCCCGGCCCUCCCUGCCGCCUCACCGAAUCAAGCACUCGCACCAUACGCCAUCGCCAGGGCCAGGGCUGUACGCCAUGCCGCCGGAGCUGCAGCACAUGUCGCUGCACGGUAGCACGUCCAUGCAGCAGCUGCAGCACGGCGCCAUGCAGCAGGCGCAGCACAGUGCGCCCAUGCAGCACUUGCAGCACGGGGCCACCCUCCAGCACGGGGCAGCCAUGCAGCACGGGGCAGCUAUGCAGCACCUGCAGCACGGAGCUACCAUGCAGCACCUGCAGCACGGAGCCGCCAUGCAGCAGUUACAGCACGGCGCGACCCUGCAGCAGCUACAGCAUGGGGCAACCAUGCAGCAGCUGCAGCACGGGGCGCAGGCGGCGGCGGCGCUGCAGCUGGCGCAGCACGCGCUGCAGCUGGGCCACCACACGCUGGCGGCGCGCGGGCGGGCGGCACCGGCGCUGCCGGGCGGCCACCCCGCCAUGCAGCACCCGGCGCGCGCGCGCUGCCACCACGCACCGCGCCGCCACGCCGCGCCCUAGGCCACCACCACCCCCGCCUGCCUCACCACUGCGCCCCGCACAUUCCCCACUACAUUUUAUUUGAUGCAAGACGACACGGAGUUUUCAACACGCGCGCGGAUCCCGACGAUCCUAGUUAUAGUGGUUUACUCUUCAAUCUGUAAGUUUAGUUAGAGUUUCUACAGUUUUUACUAAAUAUAUUUAGUAUACAAUAGGUUAACUUUUCUACAGUUCUUUAAAUAUUUAAAGAGGCCUCUUGUGUGAAUGUUUUACGCGAAUCUGUGGCUGGUCUGAGAGCGUUGUGAAGUAUCGGUGUGAUUACGUUUAGUUUCACGGUUUAAUAGCAAUACGCGUCACAUAUCAGGUUGAGUUGUGUUCGGCAUCUACUUUAGUUAGCGAGCGCCACUAUCCAUUCCUUCUCUUUUACACUCCAUGUGCAUUUUACCUUCUUGCAGUCUAAUAAAAUGCUGUCAACAAAAUCGAUACACAUUUAUACCAAGUGAGGUACAUAAAUUGGUUAGCUGUCCACGAAACAUAAUAUCCAUAGGUGUUAGGUAGAUCCGGCAGGCUUUCAAUGGUGAGGCGCGAGAGUGCGACGGCGGUACGAAGCGAAGUGCGAGAGAUCGGACGAAAUUUAGGCUCGGCAGGGAUUGUAUAAAUUAUUAAUAUCAUGCGCUAAUGCAUGUUUCUCGAUAAGGACUAUUUGUUUUGAGGAGGCGAAUUAACCGACACACCUUCGUAUACCAUGUUUAAAAGUAGAAUAUUGGUGAUAGAUGCCAAAUAAUCCUAAUAAAGAACUGAAUUUUAUAUACAUAUUAACUGUUCUGAGGGUAUUUUAGAUGUUAGGACUUAAUUUAUAUAAUUUAACCUCAAAUAAUGAUUGGAAUAUAAUUAUAAAGAUUGGUAAUGUGAGUCAUUUUAAGUGUAUAAAUUAUUAGAUCAAUUCAUUCAGGACUAUAUUGAAAUCUUAAUCUUUUUUACUUUCCUCGCUCAAUCUUAAGUAGCUAAAAGUAAACAAUAUGUGAAAAUGAUACAGCUUACUUUAUUUGUGCCAAGUCUUAGUCUUAAAUGAAUUUCCAUUUUGUACCGAUCAGCAAAAAUGUGUACUUUUCUAUAAUAUUUCUUAUGAAUUUAUGAUGCAUAUAGCUGCAUCAUAAAAUAUUAUUGGCCUAACUAAGAAUUUUUAUAGUUCACAUUUUGUAAAGCACCGUGUAGUAGAAUCGUGCAAUAUUAAUUUGUUUGUAAUCCCGGUGCUUAUGCGUAGAUAGAUUGGAGAUUGUUUAUGCCGAUAUGCCUGGAACCCAUCCUCAGAACAUUUAACAAAUUUGUAGAUGUAAUUAGCUAAAUUACUUCCUAUAAUAAUAUUGUAACCACGCUAAAAUCACUUAUACCUAGCAACUGAGCAACGACUGUUCAGAAGUGAUUGAUCUUUUAUACUAAAAUGUGCAAUGUAAAUAAUGCAGACCCUAGCAAUGAUAGUUGUAUAAGUGAUAUUAGUCUUGUUGACGUGUUCUACAGAUGUAAGGCCCCAAGUUGUACCAUUCCAAUAUUGGCUAAAUGAAAUAAACGCUUUAUACUGUUUGUGAAAUAUUUUUAGGCAUAACUGAAAUACAAAAUUCGCACAAAAUAUCUUAAUUUCAAAUAACUCUAAGGUGCCUGAAAAAUACAAUUAUAAGUCACAAAAUAAUUAAUGGACAAAGCACUGUGGGUAGGCACGCAUACAUGUAUAAUACAAUGCAUAGGAUAUACCUUAGCUUCUUUUUACAAGUGGUAUGUAUGUGUUACGUGCGUAGUAUGUAAUGAGGCAUCGAUGCACAAUAUGCAGUUUAAUUCCAAGAUAACAUGUUUAAUGACUUCUUGUAAUUCCCAUAAUUUAUUUACAUAUUUUAAUUAUUCUUCCCUUUAAGUUGUAGCUGUAAUAUACGCUUUUAAAAGCUUCAUAUGCUUGAUUGAAUUGGAAAUGCUAUACUUUGCUGUGUAUUUGAUAGCAAUAUAAAUAUUUUAUUUUGAUUUACUAGUUAGCCAAUUUAUAAGUUACUUUUAUUUUAUUACAAAUGGCGCCAUCACAAUAAUGUACGAGACAGUUAAUAAGAUGCGUUAGGAUAAGCUAUGUGAAGGAUUAUGAGUGUUAGAUAAUAUUUAAUUAGAAUUUAUUUUGUAAUUGUUACUGUGUUACAUGACAUUUAUACUCGCCACAGUGCUGUACAGCUGUGCCGGUGUAAGUGCGAGACUAGUUGUUGGAGUCAUAGGAAGCAAGUGCGACUGACGUUAGGUAUUGUUUGACACGUGAACUAAGGUCUUAUUACCUCCGAGUAUCAAUUAAAUAUAUUUUAAGUUUCUCUUAUAUGUAUGGUUAUUAUUAUAUUUCACUUAUUUGUAUAGUUUUUUUAACACAUCAAUAAAUAUAAAUGUGAAAUUAA